AUCUUGGUUUCCAAUAAAACUUCUUGAAUUGCGUUACAAUAUUUAUUUUGCUGUGAUUUCCUCUUAGGUACGUGUCUAAUAAACUUUGAUUUGACAAUUACAAAGAAGUAGUUUGCUAUUAAUAGAUGACGAUGCGUAUGCAAAAAAAUAUUAAUUACAGUUAUUUCAUUAACACAUAAUUAAAAAAACUAGGGUAAAAACCGCGAAUGAAAGUCAAUGGUAGACGAAAAUAAUGACUUAUAUGUAUUAGGAAUACCAGUUACAAGACGAAAAAAGCAUUAAGUGAAACAUUAUGACAAGAAUGUCGAACCGCAGUGUUGUACUUUGUCUUGUGGAACAUUACAAAAACAUUCCGACUAUUUUAAAGAACGAAUUAACAAACUUUCAUUAUUGGAUCAUUGUUGUCUCUGUGAUAAUAUCCAUUUCGGUAACAAAGGUAAACGGCUGCUUUCUGUUCUUAGUUACUGCUAAGAAGGAAUUCAGAAAUGUUGUCAAUUACCUCUACGUGCUGUUAUCCAUAUCAGAUUUGCUACAUGGUCUAUCCAAUUCAUCAUUGAUUUUUGUUUUAAUACGGAAAAGAUGGUAUACAAGAUGUCAAAUUCUGACUGCGACAGUAGUUAUAGGAUACGUUUUGAGUUUGAUAUCUGUCACUAUGCUAUUUGCUAUAACAAUUCAAGUUUACUUAGCAGUGCAUAAGCCGUUUGUUUACAGGUCAGCAACACACAGAUCACGUAUGCACGUCAUAUUAUUGUUUGUAUGUAUUAUUCUAAUCACCGUGCCUGUUAUUAUAAGGUAUCUUAUUCAUGAUGGUUGGUUAUUUUACAAACUGUUCGUUUGUAUAUUUGGAUCAAUAAUAUUUUGCAGCACAAUCAUAUGCCAAUAUCGGAUAUAUCGUUAUUUAUAUAGUAACCGUACUAGCGACGAAAGCAAUAAUCAUAAGCGUGCAUUGAUAACUGCCAUCUUAGUGUCUACAUCUUUGGCCAUAUGCUUUCUACCUAACAUACUCAUACAAAUUGUAACACCCCUUUUGAAAGAUCAAGAUGUUGUCUACAAGUAUGUUAAUCCAUGCUCUUGGAUAAUGGCUUUACUAAAUGGUGUGUUUAACCCACUCAUAUACUGUUCAAGAUCAAAGAAAGUAAAGAAACAAGUGAUAAAAAUAUUUUGCAGUUGUAAAAUGUAAACAAACUU